CACGUGUGGAACCAUCUAUGUAAUAUUUUGGAGUCCAAUUAUACGAAAUUGUACAUUCAUAUUUACGGAAUAAUAAUAAUUUCUUUUAUCCAAUAACGAUUUUCUACAGAAGAAAAGAGUUUUUUGAUUGGAUAAAAUAUAUACCAACAAAUGAUCCAAUAGGCCAAUUACCAAAAACAAAAAUACUAAAAACAAGAGGUUACAAAUGGCGGCGUUAGUAAAUAAAUUAUUUGUUUACAAGCGCCAUUUUUAUUUAAUCAGUGAAAACUAAACAUUGAAAUCAUCAUUAAUACUUUUUUAAAUUUAAUGCUAUAAAAAUGACUGAUGCCGAUAAUAAAGUAUUAUCUGAAGGUGAUGAUAAUCUUCAGGCUAAUUAUCAAAUUCGACCUCAACUGACAGAAAAAUUUAGACCACAGGUUGUUAAAGAAUUAAUUCAUAAUGUUUUACAUGAUGAGCUAUCAUUAAAAGUGUAUAAUGUGAAUGAUGCUAAAACCUGGACGAAAACGAUAGCCGAUGUAAUUAGAGAUAAAGUAAAAGAACUCCAAUUAAAGGAUUACAAAUAUGUCGUAAAUGUUGUGCUUGGUGAGCAGAAAGGUGAAGGUGUUAAAGUUGGAAACAGGUGUUUAUGGGAUGCAGAAGCUGAUAAUUAUGCUCAUGCUGACUUUAUUAAUGAAACAUUAUUUUGUGUUGCGUGUGUUUAUGCUGUUUUUUAUUAUUAAAUCUCUCAUAAAUACUACUAUUAUUUGGAUGUAGAAUGUCAAUCGUAGUUUAUUUGUAAUUACGCAAAUUUUCAAAGAAAAAA